AAUGAAGACUUGUAGAGACCGGGGUUGCAGGGCUGGGAGCCACAGAGUAAAUAAAUGGAUUAGUGUGCGUCAGUUGGGAAGGAAGUGUCUUAGAAAGAAGUCUGCUGUUCCUCCAUGGAGAAGUACGAGAUUUGUUUUGAAUAGUCUGCCAAUGUUGCUAUGUGCUCCUUUUUCCAGACAACGGUGACAGCUUUUUUUACACCCCAACAACUCCUUGGUGGUGACUUGAUGCCGGGUGGAACUAUAGCUUGUCUUUUUCUAAAGUAGACAAAAAAGAUGUUUCUGCCAUUAUGGACUCUGUGGGAACUACUGGAAUCCGUCAAGCAGCAAUGGGAUGUUUAAUAACUGUUGUUUGGACUCUUGGUGAACUCAUCUUGUGAUCCAAACAUGGAUGUGAGGAGAACCUUUUGGACUCGACUCUAAGUCCUCCUAGAGAUGUCCUGGUAUCCCACCACGAUUCAAAGACGUGGGUGGGGGGAGGGAGGGACUAAAUGGUGUUAAUAACGGAGGAAGAAAGUGGAAAACUUCAGGAGAAUGGCGUCGCCGGACGAAUGGGACCAUUCGGCGUUCAGCCGGGCCCAAACAAAGAGGUCAGACCGACUCCUGUCAUGUCCGUCACUGAAGUGGACAAGGAUGGCGACCACAGCGAGGAAUCGGGGGAAAACGAGGAGGUGGAAACUGAUUACACCCGGAAUUACUGGGAGGAUGAGGACGAUAUCUACCAGGAGUUUGAGGAAUUAGACUUUGAGGCCCUGUCGGAGGACUCGGACACGAGGAGCAUCGCCUCCGACGAUUCCUUCUACCCCAUCGACAGUUCCGAGGGGUCGGACGGUCUCCGCCCUCCCAGCCCAGAGAGUCCGGAGCCCAUCACCUUCUUUAAGGCCUGCUGCAACAACAACGCCAUCAUCGUCAAGAUCAUGAUCAGACAAGGAGUGACGGAGGAGGAAGUGCAGGAGACGGACCGGAACAGAAGAUCAGCGCUGAUUGUUGCUUGUUACCAUGGUUACGUGGACGUGGUCAUCGCCCUGGCUCAAUGUCCUUAUGUUGACGUCAACUGGCAGGACAACGAGGGCAACACUGCCCUCAUCACUGCAGCACAAGCAGGUCACCUGAUCAUCUCCUACUUCCUGCUCAACUACUUCUGUGGACUGGACAUCGAGAGGAGGAACUGCCACGGCUUCACGGCCUUGAUGAAGGCGGCCAUGCAAGGUCGGGCCGACUGUUGCCGCAUGAUCAUGCUUGCCGGAGGCGACGUCCAAGCCCGGGACGGCGGGCGCAAGAUGACGCCCAGAGAGUGGGCUCUGUUCACGGGCCGCUACGAGACCGCCAACCUGAUGAACCGCCUCAUGAUGAGGCCGUGUGCCGAGCAGUUCUGUGACUGCUUCAGCCUGGAGUGGCCCCUGCUGGAGGAUUUGGUAUUCCAGGCCCAAGAACCCAAGUCCUGCUGCAAGCGUCUGGCGGACCUCCUGUCCUGUUGCCCUUUCAGAUUUUACCUCAGCAACAAGGUCAACCCUUUGGAAGACGGCGCACUGGAACACAUGGUCAGAGUCACCACCGGUCUCAAGAGUCCGGUCGUCGCCACCGCCUGUCACACCGUGUGCCCGGGGAGCCCCCCCUGCCUGGGGAAACGGCGCUACGCGGUGCAGGAUAUCCUCAGGAAGCAACGCCUGGCCGACCUUAAGAACCUGGGCCCCGACAGACUGAACCACUACAAGACCUUCUUCCAGAACUCCCGCGUCCUCCUCAUCCCCAGGGCCAGGGAUCGCAGGGCCAGCCUCCAACCUCAGAUUCUGACGGACAUGGCGGCGGCGGCGUCCUCGGUGGCCAUGAGGCGGGCCAGUCUGCUGCCCCUCCACCUGUUGAGGAGGAGCAGCGUGCGGCCGGGCAUCGUGGUGCCCAAGGUGAGGCUCUGCAAGGCGCCGGCUCCUUCCUUCAUACCGGAAAAACUGCGACGGACUCAGAACUACCAUCAGCUGCAGAUCCCAAAGUGGGACUACAAGAUGAAGAAGGUGGAGAGGAAGAAGGAGGAGAGACAGAGACUUUUACCGAUGACCAGGAGAAGAUGAG